AUGCAGGCCCGCUCGCAACACAAAACAGCUGGGAUGCAGCCUUUCAACCUUGCAAAAGAAAGAGAGUUCUACCGGUAUCUACCGAGCGAUCACUCGGUCUAUCCCUUUGCUCCAUUCGACGAUGAAAGUCAGAACAAAUUUAUUCCACAGCCCUCCCAAGACCAUGCCUUGCUCACUUUCGCCGAAAUGGGCGCCAUUAAACUGGGCGCCCAGCGUGCCAUGAUUUCGCUCUUUGGUCCCACUCAUCAGUAUGUCCUUGCCGAGGCUACUGGGAUGUCAAAUCUGGACAACCACGACAACUUGUGGCUAGGAUGCUGUGUAUUGCCCAGGGAAAAGGGCAUCUGUAAAGUUGUUACAGACCUACCACUAUCAGAGCCUUCAGAUAAUCCAACAAUCAUUGAUGGGAGCGCGUUGGUGAUGCUAGAUUUGAGGAAUAACAAAUACUUCAAUUCUUCAGAACUAGCCCCCAACCUUUCUCAGACAAGGUAUUUUAUCGGAGUCCCGAUAAUAAGUCCCAGGGGAAUCACAAUCGGAUCAUAUUGCGUAUUGGACACACAGCCAAGAGAAUUGGGACCCGACGAGCCAUCUCUCACGUCUAUGAAGGCCAUGGCGAGAACUAUCAUGGGAUAUCUGGAUACGGUGCAAUCGAGAAAUCGAAAUCGCCAGGCAGAAAGAAUGAUCAAGGGUCUGGGGAGCUUUGCUGAAGGCAAGGCCACGCUUCGCGACUCAUGGGAUGAAUCGAAUACUCAAAACGUCGCAACAAAACGAUCCGGUGAAACUGUGGAAGGCCAGCUCAACCAAAACCAGCAGGAUUUGCAGGAAGCGCGCGAUCAUCCCGAACAUCGACAACUACCCUACCGCACCUUCAAAAAGGACUCUCCACGGCCUCGUGUCCAUUCGAAAGAUCGUGUCCCCUCGAAAGAGCGCACCAAAGAACCCAUCUCAAAUGCGACAACUGCAAAUCCCUCAUCAGUAAUUUUAUCAGAUGAGUCAGUUUUAGAUUCAAACAAAGACCGAGUAGAUAAGAAAGACGUGCAUGAACAACAGAGGCCUUCUCUCAAGGCCUCUAUCUCAGAUCACAGCGUACCGACUGAAGGUGUAUCAACUGCUCUCAAAAACUUAUUCUCACGUGCGGCAAACUUGAUCCGUGAGUCCAUUGAAGUGGAAGGAGUUGCUUUUUAUGAUGCCAGUAUCGACUCUUUCGGCGGGCUUGAAGACGGAAACCGCAGAGCGCGCGAGGCGUACGCGAGAGGAGAACCGAUGACAUCCAGCAGUGACGAUAGCACUGACGGUGAGAUACCCUUCUCAAAAGCCAAAAUCGAUGACACCGCAAUUUGCCGUCUAUUUGGCUUAUCAACUUCAACUGCCUCCAGCAUUGAUGGACCUAUAAAGUCGAAUAAGGACUUUUCGAUGCGCGAGUCAUUACUGAAAUCCAUUCUCAAUCGAUACCCGCAUGGGAAGAUCUUCAAUUUCAAUGAAAGCGGCUCUCUCUCCGAUGAUAGUAGCACCAGUGGUAGUAACUCCUGCAGCUCAGUGAAAUCUUCUAACUCUGGAACAAAGCUCAAAAAACGGAAGCCGAAUCACAGACAGGAUGCCAAUGAAUUGAUAAAAGUCCUUGUAGGUGCCAGAAGCGUCAUCUUCUUACCUAUGUGGAAUUCACACAAAUCCAAAUGGCUUGCUGGUGUUCUAGUUUGGACCAAUACUCCAAAACGCGUCUUCACUUCUGAGAGUGAACUUACAUACCUGCGAAGCUUCGGCAACAGUAUCAUGGCGGAGGUUCAUCGCCUCGAUGUUGAGAUGGCAGAGAAGGCUAAAGCCAAUUUGAUUAGCAGUAUCUCACAUGAAUUGCGAAGUCCGCUUCAUGGUAUAUUAGGAACUUCCAAUAUCCUCAGUGACACGGCUUUGAACGCCCUGCAGCAUGGAAUGGUUCAUACAAUCGAGUCUUGCGGUCGGACCCUACUGGAUACUAUCAACCAUGUUCUUGACUUUAGUUACAUCGACAAGUUCAAGAAUGGUUCUGCCCAACAUAAGCACGCUGCUGCUGGAGAUCAAGACGAUGAACCAAAUUUACCAGAGAACACGCUUCAAAAGAAUACACCGACUAGCAGUGAUAAUUCUUAUCCCUCUGUGCAGCUUGACUCUGUUCUUGAAGAGGUAGUAGAGAGUGUGUUUGCCGGACACAGUUUCUACAACGACCCAAUUGCACGGAGUCGGGAUGGGGGAUCAUCGAAAGUCAUCACCUUGUCAUCAAAGCCAAUAACUGUUAUCCUUGACAUCCACGAAGCCGCCAAUUGGGCAUUUUCUACACAAGCUGGCUGCUGGCGUCGGAUUCUGAUGAAUGUCUUUGGCAAUGCCCUGAAAUAUACACCUUCUGGAUUUAUAUACCUGGAACUGAAAGUAUCUCCAGUACCUCAAACCAAAGGGCAUGACUGUGACGAUAUAAAGUCUGCUGAAGAUUACACCAGUCAGUAUUUGGUCAGACUAAUAGUCAAGGAUACCGGAAAAGGCAUUGACGUGAAUUAUCUGCGAAACGACUUAUUCACAGCCUUCUCACAAGAGGAUUCCCUUGCUCCUGGUAGUGGGCUGGGACUGAGUAUUGUUCGCCAAGCACUCAUUUCUCUCGGCGGUACUAUUGAUGUUAGUUCCGAGAAGAACCACGGCACAGAAAUAACAAUUGAGGUACCUCUCUGUCUCACCCUUGAGUCGGAUAAUAAGUCAGAUGACUCUUCGUUUGAUUCAAAUGAGGCUUUCAACUCGAUAAGGAACCUCACGCGAGGCAAAACCAUGCGUUUGAUUGGACUCUCUCCAUCACCUGAAUCAGAGAAGGAUCUAACUCUUCAAAACUCAUUGGAACGUCUAUGCCGAGAUUGGUUCCAUCUUACCAUCGAAUUGGCUUCAGUCGAGUCAGUGUUUUCAGCAAGAGAGAAAACUCCCCCAGAUUUCAACUUGAUAGUCCAAACAAGUUUUGGUAGACCAGAUUCCAAAGAAGACGAGCUGCAUCAUUUCGACCGGCUUACCAAGGUAGAAGAGAGUGGCAUAUCGCCCUUGAUUGUCAUUUGCCACUCGCCCGAAACAGCACAUAACAUGUUCGCGCGUGCAACGAGUCGAAAUGGAAAAUCAGACGUUCAUUUUAUAAGCCAGCCAUGUGGACCACGCAAGUUAGCGAAAGCUUUGAACAUGUGUAUGCAUCGUCAAGAAGACCAAUCACAUGGGGCGCAAGAUGAUAGCGAACCUACUCGCUGGGUUGAAAUGCCAGAAUCUUCAUAUUUACCGCUUGAUAUCGGGCCAAGAGACCCACCGAAUGAUAGAAUGAAACUUGGCAAACGACCGACGGAUACAGAGAUAAGUAUGGAGACUAUGGCGAAGCAAACCAGCGAAAAUCAACAACCCACAUCUGCUUCAGAAAAAUCUUCGCCUUCCAAAGCUACGGUAAAGCAGAUUCCCGACAACGCCCAGCCAUCAAUAUUACUCGUCGAUGAUAAUGAGUUGAACUUGAAAAUCCUCGUCGCAUUCGUGAAGAAAGAAGGGUGGAGCUACAUAACAGCAAAUAAUGGAUUAGAAGCAGUAGAAACAUACAAGGCUCAUCCCGGAAAGUUCGGAGCAAUCAUCCUGGACCUCACUAUGCCUGUGAUGAACGGCUUCGAGGCAACUCAGAACAUCCGCUUUUUCGAGAGGAAAUAUUGGCUCAAUAAUGAAUCCUCGAAACCUCCUUGGCACCCGAUUACCAUUGCUGCGUUGACUGGGCUGGAUAGUGCUAAUGUUCAGCAAGAGGCUUUUGCUUGUGGAAUUGAUAUGUUUCUUACGAAGCCGGUUACAAGGCAAGGAUUACGUCCUGUCUUUCAGAAGGUUAGGAGAUAA